GUGUAGUCCACGCGCCGAAACUAGGUUAUAGCGAGCUGCAGAGCAGAGAAGAGCUCGGAGACCGGGAGUCUUUACUUUACCGAUUUACAGGUGUUUUUAUCACAACAGAGCGCGUGAGACUGCGGGAAAGUGAACAAUAGAAACACACCGGUGAAUUAUCUGCAUGUUCAGGUCGGCGAGUUUGAAGAAAAGGUAGAAAAUCCAUAUGAGGAUUUGCUGUUGUGACAGUUUUCAGCUGCUCCGUUUUGGAGCCAGUAAGUUUGCGUCGCUUUCAGUGUUUUCUGGCUUUAUUUGCACCUGGAGUUGUAUGACUCGAAGAGUUGGCUAGACUUCAGCGUCAACAUGAGAGCUCAAAUAGAAGUGAUUCCCUGUAAGAUAUGUGGGGACAAAUCAUCAGGGAUUCACUAUGGUGUCAUCACUUGUGAAGGCUGCAAGGGUUUCUUUCGGCGCAGCCAGCAGAACAAUGCCAUGUACUCCUGCUCCCGACAGAGAAACUGUCUAAUUGAUCGGACCAACCGUAACCGCUGUCAGCACUGCAGGCUGCAGAAGUGUCUAGCCCUGGGCAUGAGCCGUGAUGCGGUCAAGUUUGGUCGUAUGUCCAAAAAGCAGCGUGACAGCCUGUAUGCAGAGGUUCAGAAGCACCAACAGUCCCAAGAGUGUGCAGGGAUCGGUGCCCGUGAGGAAAACAGUGACAUGGCCGUCCAUGGCCGCACCUACAGCAGAGGCUCCAGCGCUGCGCUCAGUGAUCUGGACGACAUCACCACACUGCCGGAAGGCCUGCUUUUCGACCUGCCACUGACCCCAGAGGAUGCAGGCGGAGUAUACUGUAACCUGGACAUGCUUGGCAGCAGCGCAGGGAGUAGCUCAUCCUCUCAAAGUUCACCAGAACAGACCAACUUGGACUUUGUAGAUGGCAAUCACAGCAUCAAACAUGAAUACCAGCUGUUGCACAACUCUGGACUCUUCUCACAUGCCAUCCUGAACCCACUGCCUGAGGGGUGCUGUUUGAUUGAAAUAGAGCGUAUAACUCAGAGUGUGGUGAAGUCCCAUAUUGAGACAAGCCAGUACAGCACAGAGGAGCUGAAGAGGAUGGCGUGGACCUUGUACAGCCCAGAAGAGACACGUUCCUACCAGAUCAAGUCAGCUGAGGUGAUGUGGCAACAGUGUGCUAUUCACAUCACCAACGCAAUCCAGUAUGUGGUAGAAUUCGCCAAGCGCAUCACUGGCUUCAUGGACCUCUGUCAAAAUGACCAGAUUAUCCUCCUCAAAGCAGGCUGCAUGGAUGUUCUUCUGAUCCGUAUGUGCCGGGCCUAUAACCCCAUUAAUAACACAAUGCUUUUCGAUGGAAAGUUUGCCAGUCCUCAGCUUUUCAAAGCUCUGGGCUGUGAUGACCUUGUGAAUGCAGUUUUCGAUUUAGCUAAAAGCCUGAGUCGUAUACAGAUGUCAGAGGAGGAGAUGGCUCUCUUCAGUGCUGCUGUGCUGCUUUCACCAGACCGACUCUGGCUCACAGAUAUCCAGAAGAUUCAGAAGCUGCAGGAGAAAGUCUAUGUGGCUCUGCAGCGCUGCUUACAGAAAGAUGGAGCCUCCGAGGAGAAACUAGCAAAGAUGGUGUCUAAACUUCCUGUAAUGAAGUCUAUUUGCAACCUCCACAUCGACAAACUGGAGUUUUUCCGCCUGGUUCACCCCGAGACAGCAUAUACCUUUCCUCCUCUGUAUAGGGAGGUUUUUGGCAGUGAAAUCACCUUCCCAGACUCCACAGAGGGUUAGCACCAUUUACAGUAGCUUAUUAGGGUGAUUAAAAUAGAGACAAUUGAGGUGUAGGGAGAUAAAAAUGUGGCAACCAGCUGAGGCAAAACCAACCAGCAGCUCAAUGACAAUCCUGCACGCUACACUUUAGGACACACUUCUCUCACCUCACCUGAACUCCCAUCCCUGUGGAGUAGCUUACACUGCCCUGCAAGCCAGUCCAUUCAGCUCCAGCGUUAACACUACAGGAACUGCUGCUGGAUACUCAGUGCAUGUUACCUCUUUUAUGGAACUAGAAGAGUAGCCUACAUGAUUUGUACUCUCUAAAAUAUUUUUCUAAACCUUUGAAUUCCUUUUUAAAAUAAAUUUGACUUUUACUGUUCUCUCAGUUCCUCUAAGCUACUGUUGAAUGUACCCCCCUUGUCCCCUUUACCGUUCAGCUCAGCCCUAAGCUUGAUAUAGAAUGUACCUCCUUAAAAUCCUCACCUACCUUUUUAGAGAUUUGCAGUAACAACGCUCAUCUCAGCUGUCAGUCUAGUACCACCACGUUUUAUUCAAUCUUUUGGCAGCGCCCAUAUUUUGCAGUUUUGUAACAUAUGAACAAACUGUUGAAAGGGACCACGAUCAAACUCACAAACAGACAUGGUUUUAAACUGUGUGAUUCAUGGGCAAAAAUUCAGAGUGUCUGCCACCCUGUAACUAUAAGCUCUUGCACAAACAGCACAAAACCUAGCACUUAUGCUGAUCUAUAUAUAUAUAUAUAUAUAUAUAUUUUUUAUUUUUUUUCUUAGCACACCCUCAGACACUGAUGAGAUAGCUCUUAAUUUUUUUUAUGCAAUCAAUGACCUCAGUCCUAUUUACCCUUUCCCUUUGCAAAUGCCACUUAGAGAAGGAGUGAAGAAUCACAGAGGUACUGUGAAAGUAUUUUCAGAUGUUCCUUUUUUUAUAUAUAUAUAUAUAUAAACACCUAUAUAAUCAUGUAAGAUAAGAGCAGGUGUGAAUUCAUACAGAGUGAGGGGGAAGUUACGUAGUGCCUGUGCUCCCUACCCAUAUUUUGGAGUUAAGGGAUGGAAAGAUAGAUGUUGCUGUAAAGAAUAUCUAGCAGAUAAUUAGCACUUAAAAGUCCUCAUUAGAAUCCAAAAUGAACUUCUGGCACAGGAUUUUACGGGUUCGCACUCAAACUGCCAUCUGUGAAAUGCUAGUUACACCCUCCUUGUAGAUAAGCUAUUUGAACAAGGUGCUGGGAAGCUGACCACAGGGGAUGUGUGUUCUCAAGGAGGAGCUACUGGAAGGGGGACAAGUCGGCCCCUUCCUCCUCCUCCUCCUCCUCCUCCUCCUCUUUCUCAGAAGAGAACCAUUCCUCAAAAACAACCAGCAAGUUCAAAAGACUUUGGGAGUCUGAAAAAAAAGAAAACUGUCAAAAAAAAUUUGAAAAGCUGUCAGAACGUGAGAUUCAAAAACAUUUCCGCCUACAUGGAUGCAUGAAAAGCAGAAUGGAGAGUGUAUGAUGGUGUUAUUUAUGCUCCUUAGGUAUCAGUUAGAGAGGAUUUACUGUCUGCGCCAACUCUCACCGCUUCAGGGUCAGCAGACUGGGCUGUUGCAGGCAGCCGAGCUGUUCUGAUUGGAGAAAUAAAUCCUCUAUUCCUUUUUCCCCACUCCCUUACUACCUCACCUUCUUUAACACUACAUAGCACAGCAAAGGGUUGACAGAGCCAACAGCUACCCCCCUGAGUUAGUAUUUCUGCAUUUAUACUAGGAUGCUUUUUUAAUUCAUCAUUUAGUAGCAAAAAUCUCAAGGCCAGUGAAACUAUUGUGAAAUGUAGUAUAUUUCUUAUGCUCUUGAAACAACAGGCAAAAGCAAACUGAAAAGCGUGAUCUAGUUACGCAAAACACAUUUUCUGUUACUGCUUUUCUGUCACUUGAGCGCCUUUAGGUCCAGGAAGCCCUACAUAGAUACAGAUCUUUGUGAAGUCUCUGAAGUAACCUGAGAGUGCAUUCACAAGAUUUUUCUUCGAAGUAGGGAAGCGUUCGCUAUUACAUUUCUGUAAAAAGUCAAGAAGCUACUAGAGAAAUUGCAGUUAUUUCUAUCUGAAGCAUAAUACGACAAUCACAAUGCAGAUGUCUAGUUCUAUGUAAUAUUUCUGCCAGGUUUGCUUUGCACUGCUGGGACAGUGCUUUUCGCCAUAUACACUUUCUCUCACAGUGUGAAGAGGACGAACCCUCUUCUGGGUACUUAAGACAGUGGCAUGGUGGGAUUGUGCAAUAAUGUCUUUCCCAUUGUUUUGUUAAACAUGUUUGGCCUUUAUUGCCAUGUAUUUCAGUUAAUACUUACAGAAGCACUCCAGCAUAGACACACAGUUAACCUUACAACAGAAAAAAAAAAUCUAUUUUCAUACACUAUAUAUUUUACCAAAUAUCCAGCCAACUCCUACAGAAAAACUCUCAUGGCCAUGUGACUCUGUGAGGCACAAGAUUGUAACAAAGUGCACUACUUUGUGUAUUGAAUCCAAGAAUGUUAGACAUGUCUGUUGAAACGUACACUUUAUAGUUUUGCAGGCCUAAAAGCUGUCCAGGGGGCAGCAGUACCUUCGAUCUGCACUUACAUUUCUGUGUAGAGUUACUCAGGGAGAUAGCUGGGCUCUCUGUCCUACAGUGUCUGCAGUUAGUCUGGCUAGCAGGACACCUUGCACCAACAUAGAAGACCUUAAACCUUGAUCACUGUGUACAGUACAUGUUCUUGUGAAUGUUUGAUUACAGAAGUAUCAAAGAUUUUACCCAUGUCUGAUAUCAUUAUUGCAAGACUUUUGAGUUUGAGUCAUAGAUUAAAUAGGAUAUGAAAAAAACAAAUGUAGUAAAUUAAAAAAAAAUUUAAAAAAAAAUAAAUAUAAAAGAUGGAUUAUAAUCUCUGAAUCUUGUGUUGGUUUUGUUGUGAUCUUUUGCUUCUUAAUUUGUAUCCUUGUAUGUCUUUUUUUUCUCAUCAGUUUAGUGUCCUUUUUGUCUUGGAGAGAUGUAAUUCUAUUUUUUUUUAAAGAGCGUUUUUAAAGAUGUAUCCUUGAAAGUUUCUCUUUUGUCAUGAUCCUUCUGUUUAUGAUAUUUUCAUUCUAUUUUAAGAUUAUUAUUGAAUCGAUAUAGAUUUUAAUAAAAAAUAAUUUAUGAUAUGUCAUGGAUAUAAAGCCCAAGAGGUUAUUAACACAGUCAAGUGUUAUUGCACAGUGGUGUUAAAAUAUGUGGAUUUAAGAAUGUAAUAAAAGGCUUUUUACAAUU